CAGGGAAUUGUGGUUUUCAUCCUUUUGACGUGCAUUGGAGCAUUUUGCCAACAAUUGAGCGUGGACAAAGUGAUCACCAGAGACGCCCACCAAUCAAUUCGGGCACGUUCUCCUAAGCCAAACUCUCCGUCUGGAAGAUAUGCUGAGCCGCCUCAAAAUUACCGUGAAGAUGACUGCUGUGUCAAGAAGAAGAUAGUGCAAAAUGGAAAAAUCAAGACUCAGUGUCGCAGCGAGCAUCCUGAUUGUUUCAGUAAAUCAGAUCCCAAAAGAAGCCCGUAUUUUGGGAUGUGCGAAACGUAUUUUGGGAUGUGGAACUGUGCGGAACAGUCAAAAUGAUGUAGUUGCUUGUCGAUGCGCUGGUCAAAAACGAGAUAGUAACCCUAACUGA